ACGCGUGAGGGUCUGCGCCGGAGCCGGCUUGACAGGGCCUGAGGGGGAAUGAGGGAAUGGGGGACUGGGCGAGGAGGUUCCCGUGGGUGAGCGCGUACGGGUUGGCUGGCGCGCUGGACGGCCGAAGGUGGUGGUUGGUGGGAGCAGCCAGCGACUAGCCCGUAGACACUCGUACGCUUGUGGGCGGGCGUGCGCGCUACGCGGCCGGAGUCGGGCGGAGCGGGGGACGGUGGGGAAGAACGCGAGGAGGGAGAAGUGGGAGGUUGGGGGGGCGCUAGGCGCCCUUCGCUCCCUCCCUCUGGAGGAGCAGCCGCCGCCACUCUGCUGCUGCCGCCGCUCCCGCCGCCAUUUUGGGUUCGCUUUGCGGAGGGCAGACGAUCCCAGUCUCGGUUGCGGGACCCGCCUCCCCUCGGUUUGCCCCCUUUAGCCUCCACCUUUCCCUUCUCCUCUCUCGCAUUUCCGCCAGUCAGCUUACCCGCUGGCCGCCUCCUGACAAGCGGGAGGGAUCCGCCGUGGACCCAGGGAAGCGGAGGAGCCUGGCGGCCACCCCCUCUUCCCCACUUCCCUGCACUCUCGUCGCUCUCGGCCUCGGCCUCCGACACGAAAAGGAAGCAAAUGAACUGAUGGAAGAUCUGUUUGAAACUUUCCAAGAUGAGAUGGGAUUUUCCAACAUGGAAGAUGACGGCCCAGAAGAGGAGGAGCGUGUGGCUGAGCCUCGACCUAACUUUAACACUCCUCAAGCUCUACGGUUUGAGGAACUACUGGCCAACCUACUAAAUGAACAACAUCAGAUAGCAAAGGAGCUAUUUGAACAGCUGAAGAUGAAGAAAUCUUCAGCCAAACAGCAGAAGGAAGUAGAGAAGGUUAAACCCCAGUGUAAAGAAGUUCAUCAGACCCUGAUUCUGGACCCAGCACAGAGGAAGAGACUCCAGCAGCAGAUGGAGCAGCAUGUUCAGCUCUUGACACAAAUCCACCUUCUUGCCACCUGCAACCCCAAUCUCAAUCCGGAGGCCAGUAGCACCAGGAUAUGUCUUAAAGAGCUGGGAACCUUUGCUCAAAGCUCCAUCGCCCUUCACCAUCAGUACAACCCCAAGUUUCAGACCCUGUUCCAACCCUGUAACUUGAUGGGAGCUAUGCAGCUUAUUGAAGACUUCAGCACACAUGUCAGCAUUGACUGCAGCCCUCAUAAAACUGUCAAGAAGACUGCCAAUGAAUUUCCCUGUUUGCCAAAGCAAGUGGCUUGGAUCCUGGCCACAAGCAAGGUUUUCAUGUACCCAGAGUUACUUCCAGUGUGUUCCCUGAAGGCAAAGAAUCCCCAGGAUAAGAUCCUCUUCACCAAAGCUGAGGACAAUUUGUUAGCUUUAGGACUGAAGCAUUUUGAAGGGACUGAGUUUCUUAACCCUCUAAUCAGCAAGUACCUUCUAACCUGCAAGACUGCCCGCCAACUGACAGUGAGAAUCAAGAACCUCAACAUGAACAGAGCUCCUGACAACAUCAUUAAAUUUUAUAAGAAGACCAAACAGCUGCCAGUCUUAGUAAAAUGCUGUGAAGAGAUCCAGCCACAUCAGUGGAAGCCACCUGUAGAGAGAGAAGAACACCGGCUCCCAUUCUGGUUAAAGGCCAGUCUGCCAUCCAUCCAGGAAGAACUGCGGCACAUGGCUGAUGGUGCUAGAGAGGUAGGACAUGUGACUGGAACCACUGAGAUCAGCUCAGAUCAAGGCCUAGAAAAAGACAACUCGGAAUUGGAGAGUGAAACUCGGUACCCACUGCUAUUGCCUAAGGGUGUGGUCCUGAAACUGAAGCCAGUUGCCAACCGUUUCCCCAGGAAGGCUUGGAGACAGAAGCGCUCAUCAGUCCUGAAGCCCCUCCUUAUCCAGCCCAGCCCCUCUCUCCAGCCUAGCUUCAACCCUGGGAAAACACCAGCCCAAUCAACUCAUUCAGAAGCCCCUCCGAGCAAAAUGGUGCUCCGGAUUCCUCACCCGAUCCAGCCAGCCACUGUCUUGCAGACAGUUCCAGGUGUCCCUCCACUGGGGGUCAGUGGAGGUGAGAGUUUUGAGUCUCCUGCAGCACUGACUGCUAUGCCCCCUGAGGGCAGGACAAGCUUCCCUCUGUCUGAAUCCCAGACUUUGCUCUCUUCUGCCCCUGUGCCCAAGGUAAUGCUGCCCUCCCCUUCCCCUUCUAUGUUUCGAAAGCCAUAUGUGAGACGGAGACCCUCAAAAAGAAGGGGAGCCAGGGCCUUUCGCUGUAUCAAACCUGCCCCUGUUAUCCAUCCUGCAUCUGUUAUCUUCACUGUUCCUGCUACCACUGUGAAGAUUGUGAGCCUUGGCAGUGGGUGUAACAUGAUCCAGCCUGUCAAUGCGGCUGUGGCCCAGAGUCCCCAGACUAUUCCCAUUACCACCCUCUUGGUUAACCCUACUUCCUUCCCCUGUCAAUUGAACCAGCCCCUUGUGGCCUCCUCUGUCUCACCCUUAAUUGUUUCUGGCAAUUCUGUGAAUCUUCCUAUACCAUCCACCUCUGAAGAUAAGGCCCGCGUGAAUGUGGACAUUGCAUGUGCUGUGGCUAAUGGGGAAAAUGCCUUUCAGGGCCUAGAACCCAAAUUAGAGCCCCAGGAACUAUCUCCUCUCUCUGCUACUGUUUUCCCCAACGUGGAACAUAGCCCAGGGCCACCACCAGCAGAUGCAGAGUGCCAAGAAGGAUUGUCAGAGAACAGUGCCUAUCGCUGGACUGUUGUGAAAACAGAGGAAGGAAGACAAGCUUUGGAGCCGCUGCCUCAGGGCAUCCAGGAGUCUCUAAACAACUCUUUCCCUGGGGAUUUAGAGGAAGUUGUCAAGAUGGAACCUGAAGAUGCUACAGAGGAAAUCAGUGGAUUUCCUUGAGGAAGGAGAAUAGAGUCUGGAGACUGGGAGCCUUCACUGCAGCCUCCGAUUGAUGGCGAAUAGGACGUAACCAAUAGGAAACCUUUAAAAGGGUACUUAAACUGCAGAAGAUUUUGCAACUGGGGCUCUUGAGCAGCUUGCUUUAGCCUGCUCCAACUCUGUGGAGUAUACUUUUGCUUCAAUAAAUCUGUGCUUUUAUUGCUUUGUUUCAUUGA